AUGAUUAGAACUACAAUUAAUUAUCAGUUACCAAAAUUAUCAUCAGCAAUUUACUUAACCCAACUAACAUCAUUUAGAAACUUAGCUACUGCUACAUCUGUUCCAAGUGCAAAUUCAAAGCCAAGUCAACCACCACCAGAAAUAGAUCAUUCAAAAGAUGCAAAUUUGCCAGUUUCAGAAUUGGAUAUGAAACCUUCAAAUGCUGAUCAAAAACAAAGUAUAUUUGAUAUUAAAACCAUAGUUUUUGAUAAUGCUGCAAUUGAACAAAGAGAUGAUGAUAAAUUUUUAACAAAACCUUCUUAUCCUCAUAUUGACUAUACCGAAGCUGGUGUUUACAGAGUUAAAGUUACCCAUAGACAACCUAGAACGAUUGGUGAUGAGAUAAGUUUUCAUGGUACAAUGUUUUUUAGAAAAUGUUUUGACUUUGUUACUGGUUAUAAAGCUGUUCAACCUGGUGAAGAUCCUAACAAAUAUGUUGGAACAAGAUACGAAAUGACUGAAAAUAAAUGGUUAACAAGAGUUAUAUUUUUAGAAUCAAUAGCUGGUGUACCUGGCCUGGUUGCUGGUUUUUUAAGAACACUUCGUUCAUUGAGACUUUUGAAAAGAGAUAAAGCAUGGAUUCAAUCUUUGUUAGAUGAAGCUUAUAACGAGAGAAUGCAUUUAUUAACUUUUUUAAAAAUUGGUAAACCAUCAUUAUUCACACGUACAAUUAUAGAAGAAGAAGCUGUUAGAACCUAUUCACACUUACUUGAUGAAUUAGAAGAUCCAAACAAGUUAAAAGGUUUUCAAAAUAUGUUAAUUCCAACUAUUGCAGUUGAUUAUUGGCCAUCCUUGUCAGAAGAAUCAAGUUUCAAAGAUUUAAUUUUAAGAAUUAGAGCUGAUGAAUCAAAACAUAGAGAAAUCAACCAUACAUUAGCUAACUUGGAGUAUCAACGUGAUAGAAAUCCAUUUCCUUUACAAAUUAAAGGAUGGGAUAAGCCACAACCAAAUUAUGGUUUAGAUGUCGUUAGACCAACAGGAUGGGAAAGAAAAGAUUUAGAUCUUUAG